AAUAAAUCAGUAAAAAUAAAAGUAUAUAAUAUCACUACCAGUAAACCCCAAAAAUCUGUAAUUGCAAUUAAUGAGUUCUAUAGCAAAUGUUCCUAAAAUUUGCACUCUGUUAAAUAAGAGAGGCCCUUAUUGUUAUUUGGUCACCCAAUUAGUAAACAAUUAAACAAAUACCCAAAGUUUGUUUUGCCACUAAAAAUUUUACCUGCAUAAAAAUUAUCCCAGUGACUAAUAAUGUGACCUGUACUUUAUUGCAAUACACCCCUUCUUAUGCCAUUAGUAUCACUGACCCAAAAGUUGCUGACAAAAAUAGUAUUAAAUAUCACUGAAGCUAAAAAAGCAUUGCAGUAAGAUCUAGCAUGUUCAGAAAUUCAGGAUUUCCGGAAUGACCAGCUAAUGGCCUUUCAAAAUAAUCUAGAGCAUCAGGCUUGGCUCACUGCCCUUACAGACACAUCAAAAGUACCAUCUGAUCUGUGGCCAUAAAGACAUACUUAAAAACUUUCUAAAUAGAAGUGCAAACAUUCUCAGUACUCCUUCCAAGCAUAUGGACCAGUUAAAAAAGCUGUGGGCUCCCACAUACCGAAUCCUGCCGAGUCCUUAAAAAAAAUGCAUGUGAAAUUAAGUAAUUCACCAAAACAUCUGAAAAAUUAGACCUCCUAGUAUGCCCAAUCGAUUUUUAGGCCUGGUCUACACUACGACUUUAAUUCGGAUUUAUCAGCUUUAAUUCGAAUUAACCCUGUAACCGUCCACACAACGACGCUAUUUAAUUCGAUGUAAAGGGCCCUUUAAAUCGAUUUCUGUACUCCACCCCAACAAGCGGAGUAGCGCCAAAAUCGAUUUUAGCAAUUCGAAUUAGGGUUAGUGUGGCCGCAAUUCGAUGGUAUUGGCCUCCGGGAGCUAUCCCACAGUGCAUCAUUGUGACCGCUCUGGACAGCAAUCUGAACUCGGAUGCACUGGCCAGGUAGACAGGAAAAGCCCCGCGAACAUUUGAACUUCAUUUCCUGUUUGCCCAGCGUGGAGAGCACAGGUGACCACAGAUACCUCAUCAGCACAGGUAACCAUGCAGGCUGAUAAUCGAAAAAGAGCACCAGCAUGGACCGUGAGGGAGGUACUGGAUCUGAUCGCUGUAUGGGGAGAGGAUUCAGUGCUUGCAGAACUUCGUUCUAAAAGACGAAAUGCAAAAACUUUUGAAAAAAUUUCCAAGGGCAUGAUGGAGAGAGGCCACAAUAGGGACUCUGAGCAGUGCCGCGUGAAGGUCAAGGAGCUCAGACAAGCCUAUCAAAAAACAAAGGAGGCAAACGGUCGCUCCGGGUCAGAGCCGCGGACAUGCCGCUACUACGCCGAGCUGCAUGCAAUUCUAGGGGGGGCUGCCACCACUACCCCACCUUUGUUCGUGGAUUCUGGGUCGGGGAUAGUCUCGACGCCUGAGGAUUCUGCCGAUGGGGUAGAGGAGGAGGAGGAGGAUGAGCUUGCAGAGAGCACACAGCACUCCCUUCUCCCGAACAGCCAGGAUCUUUUUAUCACCCCGACUGAAGUACCCUCCCAAGCCAGUACCCAAGACUCUGACCCCAUGGAAGGGACCUCAGCAGCUGCAAAUUCCUCAAGCCUCCCUCCUCCAUCCCGAAGGUUAUCACAGAUAAGGCGUCGUAAGAAGAGAACGCGAGACGAGAUGUUUUCGGAAAUUAUGCAAUCCAGCAGGAGUGACAGAGCUCAUGUGAAUGAGUGGAAGGAAACAGUUUCAAAGUAUAGGAAAGAAGUCAGUGAACGUGAGGACAGGAGGGACCAACGUGAGGAGAGGAGAGACGAUCGAGAUGAGAGAUGGCGGCAGGAAGACCAGAGGAUGAAGGAUGCAACGCUGGGGCUGCUCCGGCGUCUGGUGGAGGUUCAGGAACGGCUGCUGGAAAACAGACUGCCGCUUCAGCCCCUGUUCCACCCUCCCCCCUCCCCAUGUUCCGUAUCCUCCUCACCCAGACGUGUAAGAACGCGGGGGGCGAGGCUCCGUACACCUUCCCAUUCCACCCCAGUAGACAGCCCAAGCAAAAGGCUGUCAUUUUUUUAACCUUUUCUUUGUGGCUUUUUCCUUCCCAGCAAUCCUCCUCCCAAAUACCACCCGGGUUCCCUCCCUCUUUUUCUAAUCUAUUAAUAAAGAAUAAAUGAUUUUUAAAUGA